AAUGCUUUAAAAUCAGCAAAUGAAAAGAUAGUAUCGGAACACCUUACCGUAAGUGACCGUUGCUUGGCUUGGCUGGCUUACAUACAUCUAACUGAAUUCGGCAUUCUCCCAGCCAAGUUCUAUGAUCCAGCUAAUGCCAGUCCUUCAAGGAUCAUGAACAAAGAGCCAUUUUUAAUACCAUGGCAAACAGUUCAAGAUGUGAAGACUGAUCCUGAUAUGCUGUUAGCUAUGUUUGAAGAUGCGGUCAAAGCAUGUACUGAUGAAAGCCUUGAGGCUGACAAAAGAAUAGCUAUCUGCUUUCCUCUCUACAGAAACAUGAUAACUUUGCUGAAGCUUCUUGAAAGGUGGGAGUCUGCUGCAGAACUUUGUAGGUCUUUGUUGGAGGUCUGCCCUAACAACUGUCAGCUCUUGGAGAGUUUGGCCACCUUGUAUUUGCAGAUGGAGCAGACUGACAGUGCCUACAAAGUGUGGAUUGGAGCUUUUGAGAAGAAUCCUCAGAAUGCAGAAAUUUUUUAUCACUUAUGUAAAUACCUUGUUUCACAGGAAAGGUCAAGCAGUAUUCUUCCACUGUUGCAAGAUUUUGUGGCAGCUUUCUUUGAGAACACAUGUCAGCAGCAUGGUCCCAUGGAUCUCUUAAGAUAUCUCUUGAAUUUUCCAAUGCCAAUUGAAUUUACAUCACCUUUCUAUAAAGAACAUCUUACAGAUGAUGUUGUAAACCAGCAAAUACCAUAUCUGUGGCAGAUCUACUGUUUGUGCCAGUCUCUUCACGCAAGUGUUGGUGAAGCACUGGAUGCUUAUGAAGCAGCUCUGGGGGCAGUGAUGCAGCAGGAAACUGUUCAGAACAUCUGGCUGGAUUACCUUGUUUUUAUUAAUAGCAAAGUUGUUGGAUCCAACAACAAAGUUCAAGAAUUCAAGCUUUUUACUGACCUAGUGAACAGAUGUCUGGUUACAGUCCCCACACGAUACCCAAUUCCUUUUAGUACUGCUGAUUAUUGGACCAAUUAUGAGUUUCAUAAUAAGGUAAUUCUUUUUUAUUUGAGCUGCAUUCCAAAAUCUCAGCAUUCCAAAACCUUGGAACGGUUUUGUUCUACCAUGCCUGCUAAUCCUGGACUUGCACUGAGACUGCUUCUGCGAUACUGGGAGGAGAGCAAUGUUCAAAUUCUGAAACUGCAAGCCAAGAUGUUUACAUAUAAUAUCCCAACAUGCCUGGCCAUCUGGAAAAUAGCCAUUGCUGCCGAAUGCUUUCUAAUGGGACAAAGAGAAGUCCAUCAUUUAUAUCAGAGAGCCGUUCAGAAGUUACCUCUAUGUGCAACACUGUGGAAAGAUCAACUCUUGUUUGAAGCAUCAGGAGGAGGUAAAACUGAUAACCUGAGAAAACUAGUUUCCAAGUGCCAAGAGGUUGGAGUCAGCCUAGAUGAGCUUUUAAAUUUAAACACUUACAGAACAGAAAGCAAGAAUCACUGAACGCUGGGUACGGUCAGCCAUAAGUCCUAUUAAAUGCCAAAAUCAGUUGAAUGAUUCUUCAGGCUGAUCUGUGCCUAAGAUCUGUGUAAGGCAGAUGAGUAUUGCUGAGCAUAUCGAGUCUCCAGUCUGCUUUCCUUGAACCUGGAAACAAUUAACAUGACCCUCCUCGGGAAAAACGAACUCCCUGUCUGGCCUUGCUUCUGGGCCCUGCCAGAUUCUCAUAACGUCAUCUACGUAAGUAUAGUUAAUCAAAAUGACAGACAUUAUUUUUUUAUGUUUUCUUUUUAUUUUCUGUUUUCUUUGUUUUGCUGUUCCUGAUUCACUUGACACUCUCGCUGAUGCCGGAGAGAUCUGUGUUUGGGAUUAAUUUACUGGGCUGUGUUUACAGUAAAAAGCAAGUAGUCCAUUUUGGGUUUUUCCUUUUUUUAAACCUUUUUUUGAGCCUUUUUCAUUACAGGAUUUAAAACAAAGCCAGCCGCUCUUAAGGAAAGUGUAACUGCCGUGGCCACAAGUAUGCUUCUUGCACUUGAAGGCUUUAAGAGGGUUGCUUACUGCCCUUUUCUGCAUUGGACUCACGGCAGAGACUAUUAAACUUGAAGAUUAAAGAAACUAUUGCAAAUGCCAGUGCAUCAGAACCUAAGAGUGGUCAAUUAUGUGCAAUUUUUUGUAAAGAAAUUUUAAUUUAUAAUAAAGUUUAACAGUUUAAAGAAA